AUGUAUUUUAUAUUAAUUGCUUCAUUACUCACGAUUGAUCUUUUGGCAUAAUCAAAUUUGAGACCUGCUUAAAAGAAAUUUGAAUCUGAAACAAUAGAAGAAACAAUAAACAGAGUAUAUUUCAAACUAAAAAAUAGAUUUCCGCAAAAAUGAAAGACAAUAAACUUAAGUACACAUUUAUAAAUUCAUUUCCAAAUACACUUGAUACAACUGUAACUAACUAUGAUCCAAAUAUACCAGAUAGUUUUGUGAUUACAGGUGACAUUACAGCAAUGUGGCUAAGAGAUAGCACUAAUUAAUUAUGGACUUAUAUGGAGUUUAUAAAUAAAGAUAGCAAAUUAUAAAAUUUAGUUAAAGGAGCAAUAAGUCGUCAAGUUAAUUAAGUAUUAAUUGAUCCCUAUGCUAAUGCAUUUAAUUAUCAAAAGAAAUAAUCAGAAUGGAGUAAUGAUAAUACAACUCGAUGUUUUUUAGGAGUCAAUGUACAUGCAAUGUCAUAAAAUUUGCAUGAAAGGAAAUUUGAAAUAGACUCAUUAGUGGCUGUUUUAAGAUUAUCUAUAGGUUAUUAUAGAGAAACUAAUGACACAUCAAUAAUAAAUUUCAAAUACUUAAAGGCUGUUUAAAGAAUAUUGAGAACAUUUAGAGAUUCCUAAGCAGAUUAAUAAGAAUAAUUCAAAAGCUUUAGAUUUCCAUAUACAUUUUAAAGAAAUGGUAGAUCAACAGAUACUGUAAUAAAUGGUAUAGGGGAACCAGUGAGAAGAACUGGGUUGUUGAGAACAUUUUUUAGAGCAUCUGAUGAUUCUACAAUCUAUUAAUUUAAUAUUCCAGAAAAUGCUAUGGCUUCAUCAAUUUUAAAAUAAACAGCUGAGAUGUUGAGUGAAGCCUAAUUAUCUUGGUCUUUAAGAACAGCAGCUUAACCAUUAAUUGGAGAGGCUUUAGCUUUAUCAUAAGAGAUAAAAGAUGCAAUUUAUAAAUAUGGAAUAAAGGAUGGAGCAUUUGUUUAUGAGGUUGAUGGAAUGGGUAAAUAAGUAUUUAUGGAUGAUUCAAAUUAGCCAAGUUUGCUUUCUUUACCAAUUUAUGGUUUUAUAGAUAUAGAAGAUCCAUUGUAUUAGGCAACAAGAAAAAAGGCCUUAAGUUCAUCAAAUCCUUAUUAUUAUGAAGGUACAGCAGCCAAAGGUAUUGGUGGUCCUCAUAUUGGUGCUAAUUAUAUUUGGCCAAUGGCAAUUGUAACUUAAGGAUUAACUACUUAUGAUAAAUAAGAAUUAAGAGAAUGUUUGAGAAUGUUAGUAACAACUACUGGGAAUAAAUGGUUUAUGCAUGAAAGUUUCUUCAAAGAUAAUCCAGAUAGUUUUACAAGAUCUUGGUUUGCAUGGGCAAAUGGAUUAUUUGGAGAGUUAGUCUUAAAAAUAGAUAAGUAAUAUCCAGAGCUAUUAGAAGAGAAUUAUAUAUGA